AUGUUGAAGAUACACUCGCUCCUCAAUCCCACCUCCGACUACAGAUACCCGGGUCACCACACGAACACACCUCCACCGACUCCCGCGUACACUACGCACGGCUACUCCCAAGCCGGAACACCUCAGCCGGAAACACCCAACACUCCAUCACCUUCGAAACGCCAAAAGCUCAUCAAGGACGCAGCGGUGUUUCUUCGAGGCGGUGCCAUCAAAGGCAACAUCAACUAUCCGCCCUUCGAGUGCACUGAAGACAGUCUGUGUCUGGACUCGUAUCAGCGUCAAGAACUCGCCCGGGAGCAUGAACGCUUUCAGAUCUUUCCGUGCGGCCGCGGCGAUGAGGGGCUGAUCUCAGACUACGUCCGACACAUACCCUACUCGAGCGAGAAGAAAAGCUUCUUGAACAAGACGGGACGAGAUGCUUUUGAUGUAUUCCAAUACACGUUCAACGUACCUUGGGAUCCUACCAACCGUACUCACGUCGUCAUGUGGGAUUACCAGAUCGGCCUCGUGAGAAUCACUCCAUUCUUCAAAGCUUGCGAUUACUCCAAAACGAUUCCCGCCAAGGCCCUCAAUACCAACCCGGGCCUGAAGGAGCUGGCACACUCCAUCACUGGCGGUGCUCUUGCUGCGCAAGGCUAUUGGAUGCCAUAUGCGUGUGCUCGAGCCGUCUGUCUGACCUUCUGCUAUCCCAUCCGAUGGGCUCUGACGCCCAUCUUUGGCGCUUCAUUCAUCAAGGAGUGCUUGAGACGAGACGACCCCGGCUUUGGCCGCUUCAAGAUUGAUCCCGAAGUCGUCCGAUGUGCCUCUCUGGAAGCAGAGGGCUGGCGG